AUGCUGAUUGUGCCGGCACUGUUUUGGCUUCUACUCAGGUUUGACCCCUACCUUCAUUUGAUUGAAGACAACAAGCUAACUAUUGUUUCAGAAAUCGUCAAGAGCUUGGAAUAUAUAUCAGAACCUGAAUUAUCCUCGUUAAGGGAAGAUCUGCUAAAAGAAUUCUCACUAGAUGAUAUGUGCCCACUUGGAUUUCCAUUGAAUAUGCCAAAAAAGGAUGCUUCAUUUGUUUCAGCUGAUGAUGAUUAUAUUCCCGAAGUAUUUGAUUGUCAAAUAAAAGAAAAUCCAGGAUUGUUCAUGGAGUUCCCUAGUCUUUUGAGUGCAAAUCAACUUUUAGAACUAACUGUUCUGUUUCAUUUGCAAAAUGUAUAUUCUGCACCAAGUUGGAAGGAUAAGUACGCCGGCCAAAGGAAUUUUCAGAGCUUUGGAGUUGCCUUGGUCACGGUGAAAUCAUCUGCGCAGUUCAAUGAAGGAAAGCAUAAUAUGGCUGAUGAGUCUAAAAUGGAAACAGAUAUUGGAAACAGUUCCAGAAAAUCCGGCAAGGUUUUUUCUAAUAAAGGAGCUGCUGCUCCCAAAGCAGAGGGAGCAUACCAGCUUAAUGCAGGAAGCAGGAAAAGAAAGCAAAAAUCAGCUACCUUAAAAAUUGAUGAAACACAUACUGGUUCUCAUAUAACUGGUUCUCAGAAAUUCAAGGCAUCAUGGUUAGCAUCAUGGCUAAGAAGAAGAAAAAUUAUAUAUAAUAUUGUGGGUUAG